AAGUGAUCACAAACGAUACAUGGCCAGAUGUAGCUGGUGCAUUAAAAACCAAUACGGUAUUGAAAUAUGAUCAAAACCUCAGGAACGUAGAAGCUACUUCAAAGCCUGUUGAGUUGUUCAAGCUUCACUUAGGUAAUAUGCCUGAUAAGGAGAAGCCUGUGCUACCAAAAGGGCUGGAUUAUAAGAAGGCUAUCACUGAUUAUUUAACAGAAAUGGGUUUAAUUUCAACCCAGUACUCUGAAAAAUUGCAACUAUCUACUGAACGUGAGUUGUAUACUCUUUAUCCUAUGUUAAAGGAAUCUGAAGCUGCCGCUAUAUAUUGUAUGAGAACAUUAAAGGAACAUAUGAUUACUGAAGUUGGCAGUUCAUUUAUGAUAGUGGAUUGUGGAGGUGGUACUGUAGAUCUUACAACGCGAGAGUUAUUGGAAAAUAGUAGACUAGGUGAAAUUACUGAACGUUCAGGUGAUUUCUGCGGUGGGACAUAUGUAGAUAAAGAGUUUAUAAAAUUUUUAAAGCGAAGGGUUGGUGACUCGGCUAUAAGUCUGCUGCACGAAAAUCACUAUGGCCAAUUACAAUAUAUGGUACAAGAAUUUUGUCGCCGUGUCAAGUUACCAUUUACAGGUAACAAGAAGGACUUCAAAACUUUUGAACUUGACAUCGAAGAAGUAUGUCCAGUGCUGAAACAAUAUGUGUCAGAAACUACAAAAAUAAAAUUAGAUAAGGAUGACUGGAUAAUCGAUUUAGAAUUUGAAAACGUUAAAGAAAUGUUUGAUCCUGUAGUAGGCAAGAUUAUUAGAUUGAUUAGCAAUCAGCUUAAUGCCGGUGCCGGUUCAGGAACUUGCGCUGCAAUGUUUCUGGUUGUCCUAAAAUGGACCUAUGGCAUUGAACUAUCACCACAAUGGAAAAAAGGUGAUCCGCCGGAACGUAAGAUUUCUCAUGGACGUAUCAAUGUUUUUAGUAAACUUGUCUCUCGUGGAACAAUAGUUGAUGUAGAUGAAGAAUUUGGUAAAGAAUUAUUCCCAAGUAUAGAAGAUCAAUCAGCUGCUAGUAUGAAAAUUUACAAAACUCCAGCAUAUGAUGGCAAAUACCCUGAUGAACCGGGAAUGGAAAAAUUAGGUGAAUUGAUAUUGGAUUUUCCGGAUUCGCACUUAGGAUUUAAUCGAAAGUUGGAAUUUACCUUAACGUUUGGGCAAAUGGAAAUUCGUGCAUAUUGUAAAAAUCAAAAUGGAAAAAGCGUUGAUGCUAUAUUCAAUUUAGAAUUUUAA